UUUAACACAAAGCCUGACGUACAGAAUCAGUCCUGUCUACAUGUCUAACAGUGGAUCAUAUAUCUGUGAGGGUGUAAAGGGAAACAAGAUCUCCAAGAUCAGUGAUGCUGUACAACUGAAUGUGUCUGGUAAACCCAAGGCUGUCCUGAGUAUCUCUCCUCAGUGGCUGAACCCUGGAGACUCAGUGACUCUGAGCUGUGAAGUUGACAAGAUGUCUACAGGCUGGAGGUUCUCUUGGUACAGGACUGUUCCCUACAGAGCUGGGUUACCCUCUCUAUCUGACUCAUCAUACUCUGUAGAGCCCCUAUCUGACAGUAGUACUGGAAGUACAGAGAGCUUCUACACCCUGAGUCCUGCUGGUCACACAGGAGGAUAUGUGUGUAGAGCUGGGAGAGGAGACCCAGUCUAUGACACACUCUACAGUGAACCUCAGUUUCUCUGGUCAGGAGAUCUGACCCCCUCAGUGUCUCUCAGAAUAAGUCCCAACACAACUCAACACUUUACAUCAAAGACUCUCUCACUGAGCUGUGAGGAGAAGGGGAACUCUACUGGAUGGAGACUGAUGAGAUACACAGAGAGAAGAGUAGAGUCAGGGUGUGUCUCUAACUGGGGAUCAAUAACAGGGUCCACAUGUACCAUCAGCUACACAGACUCAUGGUACAGUGGAGUGUUCUGGUGUGAGUCUGGAUCAGGAGAGUACAGUAAUGCUGUCAACAUCACAGUGCAUGCUGGUGAUGUGAUCCUGGAGAGCCCUGUCCAUCCCAUGACUGAAGAAGACUCUGUUACUCUGCGAUGCAAAUACUGGACAACCAGCUCAAACAUCAAGGCUGAUUUCUACAAAGAUGGAGUACUCAUCAAGAAUGAAACCACAGGAGAGAUGACCAUCCCUGCAGUAUCCAAGUCAGAUGAAGGAUUCUAUAAGUGUAAAUCUGGUCAAGGAGAAUCACCAGAGAGCUGGAUGACAGUGAGAGUCGUAUCUCCUGGAUCCUCUACAUCAGUCCUAGAAGGAGUUGUUGUGGGUCUGGUUAUUUUUGGUGUUCUGCUGGUCAUUCUCCUCGUCCUGCUGUGGAGAUAUAAAAACGCCAAAGGUUCCUGUUUUAACAGAAUUUUCUCGAACCCCCAGACCCAGAGAACCAACCAGGACCCCCAACAGGACCAAGGAUCUACCCAGGGUCAGGAUCCUGAUGCUGGGUAUACACUUCUGCAGCAUGGUGACGAUCACAUCUACGAUACGAUCAAUCCCUCUGAGAACAAUGAUAAUGGUACUGUAUAGUGUAUGUUAUGUUUAACAUUAAUACAGUAUAGAGUUACUGCUGCUGUUCUUCAUGUGUUUAAUAUGAAUACAGUAUAGAGUUACUGCU